AUGGCUCCCACCGUUGAAGGCACCGAGCUCACUGAGCAACAGCCCAAGUCAGAAUUCGAUCCCUGCUGCAAUGCCAAAGUGACCUCCCCCUUCUACCUCUACAACCAUGACUCCCCUCGACCGUCCUUUGACGUCAAAAAGCCCGGCAACCCCAUCGAGGUCUCUAUCCAUGACCUCGAGUCUGGCACCUUCAACCUUUCACCGUCCAUCACCCAAGAGAAGAAAGACGCACAGAACUCGGCGGCCAGAGAUAGGUUCAAGUUUUGGAAGCGAGAGAAGCAGUGCAUGACAAAACCGAAGCAGAGAGGAUGCGUGUUGUUUGCCCGGUUGACUCCACGUCAGCGUCUGCUGGUCAAGAUUGUCAUUGGGUUGAUCAUCGUUGGAGCCGCCGUGGGAAUUGCCGUCGGGAUCAGUGUCAAGGUCCACGGGACCGUGUACAAGGGCAACAACACGACUUCGCAGAUUGGUUGA